UACAAUUGACGCAGCCCGGGCCGCCGCUUUAUAGACGUACUCUGAAUCUCAGUCGACCCACGAGUCGAGCACUCGCGCAGUCGGACGCCGCAGUCGAAGUAGCCCUUCUGAGCGCAAUGGAGGACAGCACCAAGAUUCCUCUGACGCCCGGCUCGGUCAUCAACGUGCCGUUGGGUGCCAAGCUGGAGAUGCAGCUUAAACUCCCAACCGAUUCUGGUAGCGGCAUCAUGGUGCCCGCCGGUUGCGAGACCGACGAGGGUCAGACGGUGAUGAAGAAGACCACGCAGUCCCGCACCGAGACUCAGCAGUCCAAGCGCGUGGCCAUGCACGGUGACCAGACGGUCAGCGAGUCCAGUCAAGCCGUGCGAAAGGUGAUGCAGGACAGUCGUUCCAUGGUGCAUCAGUCGUCCACCGAGUCCAACGAAUCACAGAGGAUCGUUAAGACAACUGCGCAGCAGCAAAUGAAGUACACGAAGCAGACCUUCUCAUCGACCAGCAGCUUUGAGUCUUCUCACAACUGAUCUGGCAAGCCUGGGACAACGGUUUUUGACUAAGACGACCUCGUGGACCUCUCUCAUUCACUACCACGUUGAAUUAUUGCACAGAGCCUAUUUACUACAGACGUGCCACAUCGCUUAAUAAAACAAUUUUUAUGUAAUAC